AUGAAGGUCAAUAUAGUAGAAUGGCAUGGGGUUACUACGUGGCAUUGGAAAUUGGCGCCUUCUGAAGGCCUGGAGAAUGAUAGUGCUUAUGUAGAUGAAUUAUGUGGAAUUUGCCGUGUUUCAUUUGAUGGAACUUGUCCUAAUUGCAAAUAUCCGGGGGAUGAUUGUCCAUUAGUAUUAGGAGGUGGAUGUACGCAUAACUUUCAUUUACACUGCAUUUUAAAGUGGUUGGAGCAAGAUACUUCUAAAGGUCUUUGUCCGAUGUGCAGACAGAUAUUUACGUUUAGGAAAACCGAUGAAACAACCGCCGAUGAAUUUAGCAAGUUACAAACGUUGAUUGAUGGUCACAAUGCGAUGAGAGAAGGAGUACAAAACAACAGCGAACAAGAUUUCGAAUCUUUCAGAGCAGAAGAUGCCGAUUUACAAAUGUCUGAAUAA